UCCCAAAGCGAGAGCCAUACACUCACAGCCACAAUGGCAGAAGAUGCUGAUAUGCGCAAUGAGCUAGAAGAAAUGCAGCAGCGGGCUGAUCAGAUGACUGAUGAGUCCCUCGAAAGCACCCGUCGUAUGCUGCAGCUUGUCGAAGAGAGCAAGGAUGCUGGUAUCAGGACCUUGGUUAUGUUGGAUGAGCAAGGAGAACAACUGGAACGCAUCGAAGAGGGGAUGGACCAAAUCAAUAAGGACAUGAAAGAAGCAGAAAAGAAUUUGACGGACCUAGGAAAAUUCUGUGGCCUUUGUGCCUGUCCAUGUAACAAGCUUAAAUCAAGUGAUGCUUACAAAAAAGCCUGGGGCAACAAUCAAGAUGGAGUUGUAGCCAGCCAGCCUGCCCGGGUUGUGGAUGAACGAGAACAGAUGGCCAUCAGUGGUGGAUUUAUCCGCAGGGUAACAAAUGAUGCUCGAGAAGGUGAGAUGGAUGAAAACCUGGAACAGGUCAGCGGCAUCAUUGGAAACCUCCGUCACAUGGCUCUAGAUAUGGGCAAUGAGAUUGAUACACAGAACCGCCAAAUGGACAGGAUCAUGGAGAAGGCUGUUUCCAACAAAAACAGGAUUGAUGAAGCCAAUCAACGUGCAACAAAGAUGCUGGGCAGCAGUUAAAGGCAACCAGGGGCCAAUCCUUCUACACACACUGUCCCCGAGGGCAGCAAUCUCAUGCUUUUUCUCAUGGUAUUUACCAACUAGGUUUGCAUACGUGCACAUAUCAGCCCCUCUUCUUCCUUCCCUCUGUAAAUGUUGUCCUGUGUAAGUUGUCAGCUUUCCAAAAAUAAUACUUGUAAAUUUAUUUUUAUUUCCCAGACCUCUUCCUUUCCAAAGGUUGUAUGUAUAUAGUACUGAUUUAAUGGCUAUAAUUCAUGACUAUGUUCUAUUUAUUUGUUGGGUUUUUUUUUCCCUUUCUCCCUCCCUCCCUUCA